GGCCUGGCCGGGACCCCCGCUUCCAGCUCGCCCCGUGCCCCGGUCCCCCCGUUGGUCCCUGCAGGCCGGGCCGGGCGCAGGGCUCCCCCGCCGCUGUUAACGCCUCCCUGUCCGGGCCCCAUGGGCAAAGGUCCGUCCGAGCAGCGCGGUCCCGUCCGGGCAUCACCGGGGCUGAACGUGACCCCCGGGGCUGGGCUGGGGCUUUCCCCACGUCGUCCUCCCCCCCCCAUCAAAUGGGUCUGGAUGGAAUGGAUCCCCCGCUGUGGGUCCCGGUGGGUCCCCGGUGCUGAGCCGCUGUCCCUUAGGGGGUACUCGCAGGACGCCGAGGGCAGCUGGUUCCGCUCCCUCUUUGUGCACAAGGUGGAUCCCCGCAAGGACGCGCAUUCCAACCUGCUCUCCAAGAGGGAGACCAGCAGCCUCUACAAGAUCCAGUUUCACAACGUGAAGCCGGAGUGCCUGGAUGCCUACAACGGGCUGACAGAGAAGGUGCUGCCCAAGCUGCACUUGGACCCUGACUACCCCUGUGACCUGGUGGGCAACUGGAACACUUGGUACGGGGAGCAGGACCAGGCAGUGCACCUCUGGCGCUUCUCCGGUGGGUACCCAGCACUCUCGGACUGCAUGAACAAGCUCAAGCAGAAUCAGGAGUACCUGGAAUUCCGCAGGGAGCGGAGCCGGAUGCUGCUGUCCCGCAGGAACCAGCUGCUCCUGGAGUUCAGCUUCUGGAAUGAGCCCCUGCCCCGGCAGGGACCCAACAUCUACGAGCUCAGGACCUACAAGCUGAAGCCAGGGACCAUGAUUGAAUGGGGCAACAACUGGGCUCGGGCCAUUAAGUACCGACAGGAGAACCAGGAGGCUGUGGGGGGGUUCUUCUCCCAGAUCGGGGAGCUGUACGUCGUGCAUCACCUCUGGGCCUAUAGGGACCUGCAGUCCCGGGAGGAGACGAGGAACGCGGCUUGGAGGAAGACGGGCUGGGAUGAGAACGUGUAUUACACGGUCCCGCUGGUCCGGACCAUGGAAUCCCGGAUAAUGAUUCCCAUGAAGAUCUCACCCCUGCAGUGAGGGGGGGUCUGCCUGCACCCCGAGGGGCUCCCUCUCUGCCUGCACCCCAGCUUCUGCUCUCCUGCCCCCCCCCCAUUGUGGGGUGCUCUGGGUUGGGGGGGAUGGAUGCAGGCACGGAGGGGAAGGGGUGAGCCCCGCAUCCUGCAGUGGGUCCCCAUGUGGGGCAGAGGCUGGCGCUGCAGUGGGGGGGCAGAGGUUUGGGGGUGUCUUAAUUCCUUCUGAUGGGCCCC